AUGGCUACGCAAUCUGGUAUUACUGCAUCAGAAGAGCUACUUGACAGCUUCAAGGCAUUGAAAAGCGGUGCUCUUGUGAUCACCUUAAAUGACGAUUCAACGCAAUUGAUCCCAGACUCAGGCUACACCCUGCCUUCUUCAACAGAUCUAUCACUGGUGUUCAAUAGCUUGAGUGAGUACUUUGAAGCACAAUAUCCCACUCCAGGUUAUGCUAUCAUCCAAAAAGAGGGUGGUGACAACAUCUUCGUCAGCUUUAUUCCUGACUCUGCGCCUAUAAGACAGAAGAUGUUGUUUGCUUCUACCAAGAACACUGUACUUCAACAGUUAGGAUCCAGUAACUUUGGAACCAAAAACAUUUUGGCACUCACAGACGUUGACGAGUUGUCUUUAUCACAUUAUGAACACUUGAUCAAUGGCGACAAUGAAGCGCUCUUGACGUCAGAUGAAAAGAUCCUAGCACAGAUAAACUCUGUUCAAAACCUCAAUUUGGGCCAGUCUGGCGACCAGUCAUUCAAGAGGGAAUUGCCAUCGAUGCACUCAACUCAAAAGCUGACCACUUCUGGCUCAAACUUGCUCUUCAAGGUCGACUCCGAUCUUGAAAAUGAAAUUUCUGGCCUGUUGUCAGGAAAGUUGGUUGUUAUCAAGAUUCAAAAAGAGGCUGAAACGCUUGAAUUGGUCAAAUCGGUGUCUGAUGUUACUCCAAAGACUCUUAUAAGCAGUUUAGAGCUGGCAGUGGGCAGUGCCGAGGCUUCUCCUGUCUACGCCUUGUUUGGCUACAACGACGAAAAGGUUGCCUUCAUCUACCUGUGUCCUUCUGGGUCAAAGGUUAAAGAUAGAAUGUUGUAUGCCGCCAACAAACAAGGUUUCCUCACACAUCUCAAAGCUGAUCACCUCAAAGACUCUCAGCUUGAUGUUGUGCUAGAGGUGGGAGAUUUAGACGAAAUUGACAUCUCCAGGUUGGAGCCUGAGAACUCCCAAAGCUCGCAACAGAGUAGCAAUAACUUGAGGUUCUCCAAACCCAAAGGACCAAGAAGAAGAUAG